GUGUCAUUACAUAACAUGAGAGUAUCCAGUCAGUUAACAAAAUUCUCCGUACAAGUCUAGACCAAAAAUAAAAAAAUUCAUUUUGAGAAAAAAAUUAAGUUCAACAAACUUUACAUUCAACAAUGUCGUCGGCAGGUGGAGGAGAUCAUCAGGAGCAUCAGAAGCCGGAGGAUAGUACGAAUUGCAUCGGGGAUGUUUUAAGGGAGAGGCGUGCUUCAAGCCGGAAGUCGACGUCGGGACGAAGAUCGGUUCGUUUCCGACAGAUGCCCCUUCCGGCGCCCAUGCCUCUUCCUCCGCGUAUGACCCUUGGAACACUGUUUUCCUCGCCACCCGGACUUCCGGCUCUAGAGGGUGAGGUCGAUACCCAGGAAGUGCUCCGUAGCGAUCCUCGCUUAAGGAAUAGCUCCCGGACGGAGAAGAACAUAUUUGCGGGACGCCAUGUCACCUGCGCCUCUACAGCCAUACCCUUCCGUAUGUCAAAAUUCUACGUCCAGCCCAAGCUCGACCCGAAGCUGAGCCCGCGUUCCCUGGCCGAGGGCGUAGUUCGGACGAUAUGCGGGGUCCACGAGCUGACCAAUGUCCUGCUGGUGAUCACACCCACGUCCUCGCCGCUCACCGAGGACUCUCUGCACCGGUACAAGAUGCACAUCUACCGGCUGGACAACCAGAGGCAUCUGUGCACCACCGCGCUGACCCACCAGGAGCGCGAUCUCAUCGAGCUCUACCACGACGGCGACAACUACUCCAUACUGCACUGUUCCCGGUCCAUCCAGAUGGAGGACGCCGCCCGCAACACCCCGAUAAGGGCGCAGAUAUUCGAAACAGUGCGCGAUGGGUCGCCGGCGGUGCGCAGGACCUGGUACAAGGGCCACCCCAUGAGCCUGGCCCUCCGGUUCAAGAACCGGCUGCGGAUCGGCGUGCACACCACCCACAAUCCCUUCGGCAUUCGAUCCCUCCGGGAGCCGAAGAUCCCCGUCCGCAUGACCCGGUUCACCUGUCUCGAGGCCAAGGAGGAGCCCAUGACGCCGGAUAAAUUAGAGGCAGCCAUCAAGGAGCUAACCACGAAAAAGUAUGGGAUAAAGCCGCCGAAGGUUCAGGAAAUGCGCCUGAAGAAGUUCCAGAAGCCCAGCAUGCUGGGCCUCAACAAAAUCUAUUCACAGGACCUCCCGACGUUCGAGGCGCCGGAGAGUCCCAUCCAUUUCUCACCACAGCCGGAGACCCCCAGGAGGAAGGACACUGAAAAGGCACAAUCGAGAUCCAGACGAAUCGUGAGGGGAAGAGCAGAUGAUAUAUCUUUGGAUCCAGCGCUGGAACUGAUACCUAUCCCCUUCGAUUCCGAUGGGUUCUCAUCGGAUGAGGGGCAUAGGCUCAAGAAGACCAUCCGAUUUGCCGACCUCCUGGAGGGUCAUUCCCAACAACACAAGGCUGUGCAGACGCAGAAGAGUAGGAGGCUCGUAGGACCCGUGGUGGGGGAGAUGACCGAGGAGGAGGCGAAGCACUACCUUGCUCCGGACCGGAACGGUGUGAAGAUGUUGUGGCGGCCGCAGGAUAUCAGGGAGUCCGAGGGCUGCAUACCGGUACCCUCGUUGAUACCGACCCUCAGCGAGGAGUCGAUCAUCCACAAGUCUUCGAUGUCGUUUGCCCAGCAAAUGGGCGCCGUGGCGGCUCCGUCCAGCUUCUCGCCCGAGGCUCGUGCCCACUUGGAGCAGAAGCUCCACAAGCUGAAUGUUCGGCAGGCGUUCAGGAAGUUCGGGAUCCUGGUUGAGCGCAUCAACCAGGACAUCCAGCCGCAAUCCGAGCUCCUACUGACCUUCUUCCAGUUUGCCGAGAUCCUGGACUUCAAGAUGUUCGUGCGGCGGGAGUGCACUUUCGCAGGACGCGGUGGCGAGAGCGAAGAGCCCCGCUACGUGGUAGAGUGUUACGUCUUCGAGGACUGUAGGGAGUUUGUGGCCGCCAUCGGCGUACUGUGCCGGCAGCUUCAUCAGUUCGCCGUCCUCUGCCCAGGGGCAGCCAGAAAUCUGUACUUCGUUGACGACGCCUUCGACCUGACCAGGCUACCCAAGAAGCUCACGGGCUGGCUGAAGACUGUUCUGUGCGCCGUCCACGCCCGAGGCCUCUACGAUCUGCUGGGCGAGCUGACGCUGGAACUGGUCCACCCCCCGGCCACCUUGCUGGACCUCACUCGGGAUGACAAGGACAAGGAGCAGGAUCCCCCGCGUGGCCAAAAAUAAUUAUCCUAAAAGACUUUUUUACUUCGAUCUAGGACUUUUUCUAUCCUCUACUUUGAAGAGUAACAUUUUUAGCGCAUAUUUAGAAAAUAUAUCAAGAUUAGUAUAUUAACUAUUAA